AUGGAGCCAAGGGAGACCGAGGACCCGAAGGGCCCAGGGGCCCUAGGGGGGAUACAGGAGAACCGGGAAACCGUGGAGAACCGGGUAUACAAGGGAUUCAAGGCACCCCAGGCAAUCAAGGAUUACCGGGACGUGAUGGGCGCGACGGCCUUGAUGGUCAAUCCGGACGUGAUGGUCAACCCGGACGUGAUGGUCAACCUGGACGCAACGGUCUUGAUGGUCAGACUGGGCGUGGCGGUGUUAAUGGUCAACCUGGACGCGACGGUGUUAAUGGCCCAAUGGGAUACCCCGGUCCACCUGGCCCCGCUGGUGCCGCAGGGCCUGCUGGGCCUUUGGGCCCACCUGGGAGAGACGGUCUACCUGGGGAAGACGGCCUACCUGGGGAAGACGGCCUACCUGGGGAAGACGGCCUACCUGGGGAAGACGGCCUACCUGGGAGAAUUGGCCGUGACGAAAGAAGAGGCACAUCAUGUUCGCGUGGGCGGGAUCAUCAUUGUCAUCGAGCAGCAUCUUGUGCGCGAGGAUCUUCCCAUGGAGAUCAAUUUAUUAUGA